AAGUGGAUCAAACGCGCGAUUCCGCCCCGGUGCAAAACGCCUCGUGCGAAAGAUGGCGCGCUGUGGCCGCCCCGGUUCCAAACUCCCUGUGUGAACAGGACCCAAGAUUCGCGGCCGUCUAUAGCACCCCGUAUCUAUGCAGGUUGCGGUUGCACUGGGUGUGGUGGUAGCCUGUGUGUUGGUGGCAACGGGGAGCGGCGAGAAUGCGACGCAGCCAAACCGCAUCCUCUUCCUGGCGCCCAUCUCCUCCAAGAGCCACAAGAACUUCUACAUCGGAUUGGCCGAAGGGCUGGCCGAUCGCGGGAGUCAGGUAACAUUGGUAUCCCCGUUCCGGCCAUCAAAGAUUCGAGAAAACGUCCGUGAAAUCUUGGUGCCUGGGGCGAGCCUUCAUAAUUACAUCCCCAACUUGUUCAAGGGCAAGACUACAGGACCCAUGGCGCUCAUGUCGGCCGCUCCUACACUUUGUUCGGAGGCGCUAGGGAAGGAGGAGGUGCAAGCUCUUUUGAAGGAGGAGUUUGACGUUGUCCUAAUUAGCGUCUUCAUUAGCCAUUGUUUCCUGUCGAUUGUUCAUAAGAUGCAGGUCCCCUUCAUCUGGGUAUCCCCCGCCGGCCCUCUGAGCGUGACCGACCACAUGAUAGGAAACCCGGCGUUCCCCUCCUUCACGGGGUUCACCCUCCUGGAGGCCAAGCACCCGCUCUCCUUCACUGAGCGAGCCAUCAGCGCCUUCGGAGAUACAUUCUCUGCCGUCAUGAUGAAUAACUAUAUUGUCUCUUGGAUGGACGACGUUUGCCGCAGUCGAGGGUUGUGCCCCGACGACAUGCCCAGUCUGGUCGAGAUGCAGUUCGGUGCCAGUCUCUGCAUCCAGAACCAUGUGAGGACCUUAGACAACCCUGCUCGACCUCUCGUCCCGAAUGCCGUUUCUGUUGGCGGGAUCCACUGCCGACCCGCUCAGCCCCUUCCUCAGGACCUGGAGGAAUGGGUUCAAGGAGCUGGCGAAGACGGUUUCAUCUUCUUCAGUCUAGGAUCUGCUGUUGUGCCAUCGGAUAUGCCUGAGGAGUACCGCCAGGUCUUAGUGAAGGUGUUUGGGUCCCUAAAACAACGCGUGUUGUGGAAGUGGGACCAGGAGGACAUGCCCGACCUACCCCCCAACGUGCGGCUCGGGAAAUGGCUCCCGCAGCAAGACAUUCUAGGCCAUGCGUCCCUCCGCCUCUUCAUGACACAUGGCGGACAACUGAGCACAAUGGAGUCCACGUACCAUGGCAUCCCGGUUCUUGGCUUUCCCGUGAUGGGGGACCAGCACACCAACAUGGUUCAGGUGGCGAGGGAGGGCUGGGGCAAAGUCAUCUUCUGGGACCAGCUGUCUGAGGAGGUCUUGACGGAAGGGAUUCGCUCGGUCAUGGACGAUCAGAGCAUGAGACAAGAAGCAAAGCGACGCUCCCGAGUGAUGAAGGAUCAGCCUCAGCCCGCGGGGGAAGUCGCAUCCUACUGGGUGAACUACGUCAUCAGGCACAAGGGAGCGCCUCACCUGCGGUCGCCCGUGGUCGCCAUGGCGUGGUACCAGGUUUAUAACGUCGAUGUGUGGAUGACCGCGGCGGCAGUGGCGAUCGGGAUCACGUACCUCCUCGUGAAGCUCCUCGCCGUAGGAUGCGCGAGACUCUGCUCCUCAAAGGGCAAGCGAAAGCGCGACUAGAUGCGAGGAGCUUGAGUGUGUGUUUCUUGUGUGUGGCUGUUUCUCAGCCUUACUGUGUCUGCAUUCAGUACAUGUAUAUGUUGGAACAUCAUUAAAUGAACAUGUAAAAAAACAAUAAAUCAAAGCUGUUG